CUUUGCAUCCAGGUGAUCACUUCGUCGGUAAUAUGAUUUCAGAUAUGGCGGACCAAUUCCCUCCAUGUCCACCACAAUUUAAAUCUCUGCAGCACUACUUGAAGAUUGCUGCAGAACAUGACCAGAGAGAUCCUGUUGUUAGCUAUUGGUGCCGACUGUAUGCAAUGCAAACUGGCUUGAAAAUUGACAAGAAGUCACCAGAUGCUCUAAAGUUGCUGAUUAGCCUGAUGGACUGGCUUGAGCAGAAGAAAAAGGACAUGGCGGACAAUGAGAGCAUUACAAACGAUGUAGCUGCUCAGGCAUACAUGGAAAACCACGCGUUGAAAAUUUUUGACUGGGCCGAUGGGCAAGACAGGGCGGGGAUUUUCAACAAGAAUGUGGUCAAGUCCUUUUACACCGCGGGCAUGCUUUUUGAUGUGAUGGAGACUUACGGCGAACUCACAGAGAGCAUCUCUCAAAGCAGAAAGUACGCCAAGUGGAAGGCUUCUUACAUCCACAAUUGUUUGAAAAAUGGAGAGACGCCCAUACCUGGUCCUCAGGGAGAAUUUGAAGGGGAGGAAGAAGGUGCUUCUGGUGGAGAGGAUUAUUCGGCUCAGCCAAUGGGUUUUGUGAAGCCACCUAGCUUGUACACUCCAGAGCAGCCCACAAACAAUUUUGACCCUCCAAGCGCUAACUUCUCAAACUUUGACCUGCCGUCAGUGCCUCCAAGUGGAAUGAACCCAUACGAUUUGCCGUCAGUUCCCAUGAACCUGCCAUCUGUUCCUUCGAGCGAUGCUCCAAACGAACCCUCAUCGUCUUAUCCAUCAGUGCCGCCGCCUCAACAAACUCCAGUGACUGCACCUCCCGCAGCUGCUCCUGUGACCAGCGGAGGCGUGAGGCUUACUCCUGAUCAAGUUACAAAAGCCCAGAAAUAUUGUAAAUGGGCAUCAAGUGCUUUGAACUAUGAUGACAUUUCAACUGCAAUAUUGAACCUGCAAAAGGGUCUAACUCUGCUACAAACAGGACAGGAUCCUAGCUAAGUACUUUGGCUUCAGUCAUUUUAAUAACUUACACUUUAUAUUGCUAAGCUUGACUGCUUAUUCCGCAUUGUAAGUGCAGGGAAUGCUAAAUAUGCUAAAAUUGUUAAAAUUAAAAACUAUAUUUAAUUUAGCUAUCAUGUUAAUGAGUUCAAAUUAAAGCAAAUUCUGUGGCCUUUGUGUAGAAAGAUAUGAAACUAAAUUUCCAUUUUUUCAAUUAAGUUUGAAGCAACAACAAAUAAAUAUUAGUUCAUGUGGGAAAUUCCAAACUUCAAAUGAAGGCUUUGCAUUUUGAACUCGCAUUUGGGUAUCAAGGCUUGUUUUAUUGGACUAAGUGUAUCAAAACUGUUGUUUCACUUACAACGUCUACAAACAAGGGAGAUCAAAAUGUCAAAUUCAAUUUAUUUUACACUUGAAAUCCACCUGUGCCACGCGACAUUCAAAUUGUUACACUUUUAUUGCACAAUCAGCAAAAGUCACGCUUACCAUUACUAGUAAAUCUGGAAAUUUUCCUUGAAUUGGCACAGAAAAAUCAUUAAUUGGUGCAUCGUUGUACAAGUAGUACAAAUUAAUGCAGGUACAUCAAGUGCAAGUGUGACCAAAUCUGCGUGCUUUUUUGUAAGUGACUAACCACGGAUCACAAAAUUCUCUCAGUUCAUUCAACAGUGUUUACACUUUUCAUGAUAUCUCUAAUAAAAUUAAACCUUUAUGUU